CAGACAGUCAGUCAGACAGACACACUCAACGUUUGAUUAGAGACUGCCAUCCGUGAGCAGCGGCAGCGACACCAUGACAAACUGUUCGCUUGACGUGGUGGACAACCUGAUGAGAUAUUUGGAGCUGGCCAUAUACCUGCCCAUCUUCCUCAUUGGUCUGAUUCUCAAUGUUGCAGCGCUCUUAGUGUUCUGCUUCUUUCUGCGGAAAUGGACAGAGUCAACUAUCUACAUGACUAGCUUGGCUUUGAUGGACCUGCUCCUCCUCUUCCCUCUUCCCUUCAAAAUGCACGCCAGCUAUCACAGCUGGCCUGCUAACCUCCAACCUCUCUGUUCGGUCUUGGAAAGCCUGUAUUUUGUUGGGAUAUAUGGCAGCAUCUACACCAUCGUGUGUAUAGCUGUGGACCGAUGGGUGGCUAUCUGUCACCCGUUCAAAGCCAAACAACUGCGUUCACCCAAAGCGGCUCUGGGGACAUGCACGGGGGUCUGGGUGCUGGUGCUGGCAGCGAUCUUUCCAACCAUCUAUCGCUUCAGAGAGGCCGGGCAGGGGGACUUUCGCUGUUUCCACCAGUUUUCAGAGAAAGGCUGGAGCCCUCCGGUGAUCAUCUGUCUGCAGGUGUUUGGGUUCCUGGUGCCUGCACUGGUGGUGGUCUACUGUUCGGUGCAGACCAUCUGGGCGCUUCAGCAGUCCGGCCAGCACAGCCCCCAGAGCCGGGCCUGUGUGAAGAUCAUCUACAGCAGUCUGAGUGCUUUCCUGCUGCCUUUCACCCCCAGCCACCUGGGCAUCAUACUGCAGUUCCUGGUACACCAAGGAAUGAUUCAAGACUGCGGCAACAAAACCAGGAUUAGCCUGUUUAUACAGAUAGCUAUGUGUCUGUCCAACAUCACCUGCUGUCUGGACGCUCUGUGCUACUACUUCAUCGCUCGUGAGGUGAGGAGCACCAAACACACCUUCAGGAUGUCAAUGAUCAGCCAAAGAAGAGCCACCUUCAGCACUUCUGAACACAAAGACAAUACAAGGUAAAACAUAUAUUUGUCCUCAUUGGAUGCCUGGUGGUGAAUACAAGAUCUGGCAUCUUGAGUUUUAGCACGCCAGUGAAACUGAAAAAGAGCCAGUAUUGUUUCCAGUAGCUGAUAAGCAAGUGUAACAUGCACUAAGAGUAACGGGUCAGAGUGCAAGCUCAACUAACCACAGUGCUUGAGAGUAAGGUUUAGAAGGGAAAGGAUCUGACAAUCUCUGGUACAUGAUUUGGUCCAGUGACAGGAAGCACCGUAGACGCCUGUGUAACCUCAGAGAGCUCCUAUACCCAAAAUGUAGGCUGCAAAACGAAAAUCCACCAAACAAGCCACAAUGUGACUUCUUCCUGUAAUGAUUUAUGGAUGAGCUUGCGAGAUGGCUUAAGGCACCUUCAGGUCAUCCGGUCCUGCACACUGAGAACCUGAUGUGGGGUACAAUUAAUUUCAAAGCAGUGAAACCGGGAACCAGCAGCUCAUUGCAGAGCUUUGUAGUCUACUGUAUAUGCUCAAGAAGUCAAGUCAAAGGAGCUCUUACCGUUCUGAAGACCAAGCAUUUAAGAUCAGGGCUGAUACACUUCACCACAACUUGAUUCAAAAGAUACAGUUAGUGGGCGAUCUCUAGUUCACUCGGUAAGAGGUGCGCCCCAUGUAGGCUGAGUCCUUGGCAGCGGCCCCGGUUCAAAUCCAACCUGCUGCCCUUUU